CUUGAUCACAGCUGUCGGAAGCCUUGGUCGGGGCGUAGACUGGCUGCUUUCUGGCCCCAUGGCUGCAUGGUCAGUGUCCCGGACGCUAAGGGGGCUUCUGCGGGCUGCCGGUCGGGGCUGCAGUUCAGGGGCCCCCGCCACGCUGCCACGGAGUGGGGAGCCGGCUCUGCAAGAAGCCCAGGCGUUAUCCCCAGCCAGGAGGAGGGAGUUCCUACGAGAUCGUGCUGUCCCCUUCUCUGCUUUCCUCACAGACAGCUUUGGCAGAAGACACAACUAUCUGCGCAUUUCCCUCACUGAGAAAUGUAACCUUCGCUGUCAGUACUGUAUGCCUGAGGAGGGCGUCCCGCUGACUCCCAAGGCCGACCUGUUGACCACGAAGGAGAUUCUGACCCUUUCCCGGCUCUUUGUGAAGGAAGGGGUAGACAAGAUCCGACUCACGGGUGGGGAACCUCUCAUCAGACCUGACGUGGUAGACAUUGUGGCUCAACUUCAACAGCUGGACAGCCUGAAGACCAUCGCCAUCACCACCAAUGGGAUCAACCUUGCCCGGCUCCUACCUAGGCUCCAGGGAGCUGGGCUCAAUGCCAUCAACAUCAGCCUAGACACCCUAGUGCCAGCAAAGUUUGAGUUCAUCACUCGUAGGAAAGGUUUCCACAAAGUUAUGGAAGGCAUCCAUAAGGCCAUUGAGUUGGGUUUUGACCCUGUCAAGGUGAACUGUGUGGUGAUGCGUGGCCUGAAUGAAGAUGAGCUGCUGGAUUUUGUGGCCCUCAGUGAGGGGCUCCCACUGGACGUGCGCUUCAUUGAGUACAUGCCCUUUGAUGGUAACAAAUGGAACUUUAAGAAGAUGGUCAGUUAUACGGAAAUGCUGGACAUGAUCCACCAGCGCUGGCCAGAGCUGGAGAAGCUACCAGAGGAAGCCUCUAGCACAGCUAAGGCCUUCAGGGUCCCUGGUUUCCGAGGCCAGAUCAGCUUCAUUACGUCCAUGUCUGAGCAUUUCUGUGGGACCUGCAACCGCCUCCGCAUCACAGCUGAUGGGAACCUCAAGGUUUGCCUCUUUGGAAAUUCAGAAGUGUCUCUACGGGAUCACCUUCGGGCUGGGGCCUCUGAGGAGGAGCUGCUGAGCAUCAUCGGGGCUGCCGUGGGCAGAAAGAAGCAGCAACAUGCAGGCAUGUUCAACAUUGCCCAGAUGAAGAACCGGCCCAUGAUCCUCAUCGGGUGCUUCCCAAAGCUUGGAGAUGCUCCUCUCACCUCUUCCAGCCUUCCCCCCUGGGACCCUCUUCACAUCCAGGGGCUCAGAGCCAGAGGGAGUUUCUCCGGCCACAUGGGAGCUUCAUGGACAAGAGGGGGAUUACCACGAGUCCUUCCUCCAACCCAGCCGAGGCUAGAGGCAAGCUCUUCCUGGAGAUUCUAUAGCUCUCACCCCCAAGAUCCUGACUGCAGCACCAAGUGCCUUAACCCAGAGACACCAGUUGUCCCAGCUACCCCCAGACUCUCUCCUCUCUCAGACCAGCUGACCCACAUGGACUCAGAAGGGCGGGCUGCCAUGGUUGAUGUGGGCGGAAAGCCAACCACGGAGCGGGUGGCUGUGGCCUCUGCUGUGGUCUUCCUGGGGCCUGAGGCCUUCAAGCUCGUCCGCCAGAACCAGCUGCGGAAAGGUGAUGCCUUGGCUGUGGCCCAACUGGCCGGAAUCCAGGCAGCCAAACUGACCAGCCAGCUGAUCCCACUGUGCCAUCAUGUGACUCUGAGCCAUACCCAGGUACAGCUAGAGCUGGAUGCUGCCCGCCACGCUGUAGUGAUCCAGGCAUCAUGUCGGGCAUGGGGUCCCACUGGUGUGGAAAUGGAAGCCCUCACUUCUGCUGCCAUAGCUGCCCUCACCCUCUAUGACAUGUGCAAAGCAGUCAGCAGGGACAUUGUUCUGGGAGACAUCAAAUUGCUUAGCAAAACAGGGGGUCAGCGAGGGGACUUUAAUCGAAGCUCAAAUUCCAUAUCCUCUCAGUCCCAAUUCUGACAUACCCAAGUGCCCUCCCUUUCUGAGAAUCUGCAGCAGGCUUUGUAUCAGCAUCUAGGAUGAGGUUUCAUCUUGGUCUGGGUCACUGUGCCCUUUUAUCACUCCCCGUUAUCCAGGACCAAAGAAUGUCAGAGCUGAGAGGUCCCUUAAGAAUAAGUCAUGGAUUCAGAGCCAGAAAGGAACUCAGAGACCAUCUAGUCCAAAACUGUCAUUUUACAGAUGAGAAAACUGAAGCCCAGAGUGGGAGAUUAACUACUUGGGACAAAGGAGUCAGGAUGACACAGCUCUCUAGUCAGAGGGAGAAAUGGGGUUAGGACUCAAAUAUAGUACCUGAGGAUAGUGAGAAUAAGAAUCCUUUGCAGAGCAUUCAACACUUUUCAAAAUACUUUCGUAUCCAUGAUAUCAUUUGACCCUUGGAAUAACACUGUGGGGCCAGCAGUGGGGAGACAAAAGGUCCAAAUCAUCUACAAGUUAAAUCAAUGGCCUUAGAUAAGAGAGUUUAUUUAUUAAUACCCCCUACCCCCAAUGGACUCUCCCUUACUCAACAUUUUUUUCCACCUCAUUUGUUUUUGCCUUGGUUUAGGUCUUUAGUGCAGUUUUAAGCUACUAAAGCUUUUAAGUAAAGGGGCGCUAAGACUUUGGAGAUAUCCUGUAUCAUCUGUUGCUGCCUUAUCUUCUCGGCCCCCCUAACAGGCUGACGUCCCCUCCUGGGAGAGGACUUUGGUCCAGUUUCUUUUUCCAAACAGGGAAAGAAGGGAGGACAGACAGGCCCUAGGAAUUUUUGCUCGUUGCUUUUAUUGAUGCCCUUAAUUUUUUUGUUAAACCUCACAAUCAUUUCCAGGUAUACCCUCCCAUACCCUCUAUGAGCCUUCCUCAAUGAUAGAAACACACAGUUAAGGAGAAACCAGCCAAGGCAGAGGCCACAUCUGACAGUAGAGGUAACAUUCCACAGCCAUCAUCUCCUACCUCUGCAGUUCAAGGAGGGUGGUUCCUCUCCCUUCUCCAAACCUGAGUUAUUCUUAUUCUUCUUGUGAUAGACUUGCCCCCAGCCAGCCGGAGAAGCAAAGAUUUAUGGGUGGUCAGUACUCACUCCCUUCUCUCCCCAUUCUUAGGAAGUUUAUGUAGGUGGGGUAGGAAAAGGAAUUUUCUUGGUGAGGAUGAAUGAGAAUGAUUUCAGUUUAGCUCUGGAGUUCGAGUUUUUACACUUGGAAGGGAACUUAGUGACCAUUUCUAUUUGGGGUUUAUUUUUUUCUGGCUCAGGAAUGUAGUCUGACUCUUUUCCCUCCAAACCAUAUCCCUUAAUUUACCUUAAUUAUCCUAUUUCACAGAGGUAGUGCAGUGGAUAUGUUAUUGGGCCUGGAGUCAGGAAGACCUGAGUUCAAAUCCAGCCUGAGACACUCCUGU